AUGACCAUAGACGUCGAGGGGCCACCUUCUGUGGACUUUGAUUUUUCAUUAGCCCUUGAAGAGUGGGCUAUAAAGAACAGGAGAAUUUUGAAAUCGUGAAAUACUGCUAUUAUAAAUGUACAUGUAAGAUGUUAAUUAACUAAGAAGGAUCUGCAAUGAAAUGUGGAAGCAAGAACAAAUAUGAUAUAAUGUUAAAAUGAUAAUGGCACAACAGCGUUGUUGGUCUUGUUCUUUUACAAAUAGUCACUUUCUUAAUUAUUUUAGUGGCCAUGAUCAGCUGCUGGUUGUAAGAGAAUCAUACAGUUAA